AUGCCCUCUUUUUUUGAGAAUGAGGCCAAGAAGGUGGCUGAGCAGCUGGGGAAGAAGGGGGAUCUCAUACCUGUCCAGAGCCUAUUCAACUGUACUCGCUUCCGUCCCUUCUGCCUGGUUCGGAAGAAGGCAAAAAAAUUUCCCUGGUUCUUUGAACCUACCUUUUUUGAUACAUAUUUCUCCCUCAUGGACAUCCUGGAGCCACGUUCCCCAGUCCCAGAAGUGACAUCAAGCAAACCCUUCCAUUUCUAUAAAACAGAGAAUGGGGAGUUAAAUGGAGAUAUGGAUCUGGAAGUGACCAGUGAACUGCAGGGGAAGGCAGCAGGGGCUGCCACAUCAUACCAUGACUUGUCUCUAAAACUAAGGAUCCUCACUGUAGACCCUAACAUCUGGGAGGCCCUGAGAGAGAGGAAAUUGAAGAAGCCCAUACACUCCUUCCUUCAAGAGGUGCAAAAUCGUGGAGAGAAACUUUAUGUGGUGACAGAAGCUGUAGAGACCAUAGAAGAUACAGUUAUGAAAUGCUCCUACAAAAAGGAGGAAUCAUUACAGAUAUCCUUGGAACUAUCCUCCCUCCCAGAUAUUAUUUUCAAGGGCCAAGGCCUACGUCAAACAGAUGGAAAAAUGGAGAUGACUAUCAAGAAGAACUGCAUCCUAGCUUAUCGACUUCUGGAGCUAUGCAUUGAGAAUGAUAGUUGGAGAAUUAUUUAUAUUACUGAGAUGAUAUCAAAGCUUAAUGAGGAAUUUUGCUGGAGCGCAAAGACAAAAAGGAGAUUUCUUCUCGAAGAAGAUAAUUUGACUGAGAAACGUAUCAGUUCUCCAAGAAAUUUUGAGGAAUUUCAGGAAAUUGUCAUAAGAGAGCAAGAAGCUCUGUCCAAAGGACCAAGAAAGCUGCAGGUCACACUGCUUCAUGCCUUCCAGGAAAUGUUAGGGAACAGGAAGGCACUACAAGACCUGGAAGACAUGCUGGAUCAACCACCAAACAUGAAAGAGAAGGGGCAACUGGAGGGCCCUGGGACCUGCAUCCUAAAACACCUACAAAAGAACUCAGGAGAUGCAUCCGGCCAACAGUUAGAGAGUAUUCUCUACUUAUUUGGAGCGUUAAUGAUCCUGACUGAUACUCAACAACAGCUACUGGCCCAGUCACUGGAGAAGAGGAUCCUGUCUCAACAGCUGGAACUGGUUAAGAGCAUUUUGGAACCAAACUUCAGUCUGUGGGAAGAACGUUCCUUUUCUAUCCAGCCAAAACUUCUCCUUCAGCUAAAAGAUGAGGAUCAGGCCAUCACAGUGUAUCUGGUAGAGGAAUGUGGCCUAAAUCUUCAAUGUGUUAGAUCUCAGCCAAAAUGGAAUCUAAAGGCAAAGGAUCCUCUCUCUUCCCUGUAUGUGGCCCUCUCAUUCCUGCAGCUGCUGACUGAAGCUUAA